CUACGUACGUUACCUUACAUAUUCCAUUUGUCUCUGAUCUUCCAACACCUUAUUCCUCAGAGAAGAGACAAAAUGGAUCACCAUUUCACUUCAGAAACCUCUCUCAUUAUUCUUCUCCUCAUCACAUCCCUCUCCUCCCUUGCCACCGCCACCAACAUCAAUAUCGUCCACCACGACCUCCAAUCCGACAUCACCGAAUUCUGCAAGAAAACCACCAACCCCGCCCUCUGUGCCGAGACCAUCCAUCCCCACUUCCUCAAGAACAGAAUCGAGCCCUUCAAGGCGCUCGACAUAGAAGUGGACGCCACCCUGGCGAAGGCAAAAAAAACCCUAGCCAACAUUCAAACCCUAGAAUCCAAAACGGGCACCACCAAAUCGUCCAAGGACUCGUUCGACAUUUGCAAGGACCAGUACAAGAGCAUGCUCGACGCCAUCAAGGAAACCAAAGCCGCGAUUGCUAAUAAGGACAUCAUCACGGCUAAGUUCAAGUUCAGUGCUGUUUUGUCGUUCCAAGCGGCGUGCAAGGACGCGUUUGAAGAUGGGAAAAUCCCGUUCUUUGAAGACUCCGACGCGGUUUACAACCUGGGAGGGAAUUGCUUGGAUAUUAUCGCUGAUAUGGAGAAAGCUCAGGGUCCUCAGAAAAUGCCACCGGUGCAACAAAGUGCCCCUUCUGCAUUUAGCAACGUCAUCGGAACCGUCUCAUAAAUUUUUGGUGACGAAUCCAUUUUUUUACGUGAAUGAUGAUGGAAUUGUCAAGUGCAGUAUUGUGUCAUUUUCUUUUUGUUUUCUUUUAGUAAAACGAAUGUUUUGGGUUAGGGGAGAAUGGAGAUUAAUUCUUCCUCCCAUCUAAAAUGUUACUGUCUUGCUGAAUUAUUUUUUAUUCUAGUUACUAUUUGAUUGAUAUAUAUAUUAUGAGGAUUUAAAUUA